AUGGUGACGGUCGGCAAGUCGCACCCGGGUGCUGACCCUGUCCACCCUCUCCCCACCUCACCCGAUCCGGUCGGCGCCAACUCCCCGCCUUCAAAGCGAGAUUUAGCUUCAUGGUGGAAGCAGUUCAAACGAAGCACCAGAAAAGACGAAUUGAAAGUAGAGGCACCCCGCGGCAUCUUCGGAAUUGCGCUCAAUGUCAGCAUCAAGUAUGCCAAUGUGGCAAUCUCCUUGACCAACGACCACGGCGAAAGCUUCAUUUAUGGAUACGUGCCCAUUGUUGUGGCAAAAUGUGGAGUUUUCCUAAAAGAAAAAGCAACGGAUGUGGAGGGCAUCUUUCGUCUCAACGGAUCGGCCAAGCGUAUUAAGGACCUUCAGGAGGUCUUUGAUUCCCCCGAGCGAUAUGGCAAAGGACUCGACUGGUCCGGAUACACCGUCCACGAUGCAGCAAACGUGCUUCGCCGAUACCUAAACCAGCUUCCCGAACCCAUCGUGCCAUUAGAGUUUUAUGAGCGCUUCCGUGAACCUCUGCGUAUCUAUCAGCGACAAGUCCUGGAAGGCAAGCACACAAACGAUGCCGAUAAGUUCGACCACGCAAAGGCUGUCGAGACAUACCAGAACCUCAUCAUCGAGCUGCCCCCGUUGAACAAGCAGCUGCUCCUCUAUAUCCUCGAUCUUCUCGCGGUUUUCGCAUCGAAGUCCGAUCAGAAUCGCAUGCCGUCGGCCAAUCUGUCUGCAAUUUUCCAACCAGGGAUGCUGUCUCACCCCCAGCAUGACAUGUCGCCGGAGGAAUACAAGUUGAGUCAGGAUGUGUUGAUCUUUUUGAUUGAGAAUCAGGAUCACUUCCUGUUCGGAAUGAGUGGCACAGCUGCCGAUGAGCAGACCAUGAAAGAAGUCGAGGCAGGGAUUCCACGACCCGCAACUCACCCGACCGUUCGACGAUCAGUAUCCAACGCCAGUGCGAACACGGAAAGCCAUCGCAAGCUGGACAGUAUCCGACGAAAUGUCUCCGUUUCAUCGCGCAACUCCCGCCAUUCUAACAACGCUCAAAGCCCCGUAACCCCCACCUCAAUCACCGGCGGUGGUGGUAGCGGUGGUGGUGUCCACCGAAGCAAUACUCUGCCCUCGAAGAUGGGGCCCGUCUUGACCUCUGCCCGUUAUACACGAGCCAACGACGCUGGCUCGAAUAAUCCUUCCGGUCUCUCUGUUUCUCAUCAGAGUUCUCGGUCGAAUAGUCGAACACCGUCAGUGCGCGAAGAGCCGGAGCAGCCUCAGCCGAUCCCUGAGUCGAUCUCUCAUCCAGCUCCUCAGUCAGUCCCUGAACAGACUUCCGAGCAGCGUCCCGAGCAGCGUCCCGAGCAACGUUCUGAGCAACGUUCUGAGCAGCGUUCUGAGCAGCGUUCUGAGCAACUUCCCGAGAAACUUCCUGGGCAGCGCACCCCUAGUCGAUCAACUGCCUCACUGACCCCAGGCAACGUCUAUGUACACACGUCAACCCAUGGCCCAUUGCCUCCAGCAACUGCUGAACGUCUCAGCAUCGGCGAAAUUGCCAAGCCGCAUGAGAACCUCAACACAGCGGUCCCCUCACCCCCGGUCGCCUCGCCUCCACAGGUUGUCACCCCGAGUCGUGAGCGCAAACUUUCAAAUUUCUUCACGAAGUCACCGCCACCUGAUAGUGAACUGAGAGAGCCCCGGCAGCCGAAUCGCUUGAAGAAGAAGCGCAUUCCCGGCAGUGCAAGCAUCAGUGCACAAAGCUCGGCUAACUCUCUCCAUGCCCCGAGUCUAGAUCCCAGUGCGAAUCUUGAACCCAAGUAUGAAAAUCGGUCCGUGGAAGCUGCUGUUGGUGACACCACCCCGAGACCGCCAACUGCUGCCACACUCGGCAAUCAAGAGAACCCUUUCGACUCCAACCCGGCUCUCGUAGAGAGUACUUCGCAAUCUCACACUGACCACUCUUUGCGACCUCAUAAGUCGCGCACACCCUCCAUGAACUCGCGUUCGUCGUUUACUGAUCAGUCUGAUAUGGAUCAGCCUGAAGACGUCUCUCGCCAUGAAAAUCGUCGUAGUUGGCGGUUCCAUCGGUCGUCCAAGCGCAAUAGUGAGCAACUUGGACUAGGUUUCGCGUCUCCACCCCUGGUAGCGACGAAUCCCCGAGCCGGGCAAAGUACCAGUUCAUUCGGCAGCGGUCACUAUCAAAGCACGGAUCUUUCCAGCCACCCAUUAAGCUUGGAUGCUGGCGUUCAAGGCACGUCCUCCAUAGGAUCAGAGCCCGAGAAGAAGAGUUUGUUCGGAAAGUUCAAGGCCAAGGUCGCUCAGGUUCGGGAUGGUGUUAAGGAUGACCGUGAGCGCACAAUGAGCCCCACUCGGUCAGAGCACGACCCUGCCCUCACCAACCAGCCUCUUCCUCCCAUUGUUACGGAGUCGACAAAUGGCAACCCUGCUUCAGUCGAAGUCCCACGGGAACAGCCCAAGGAAGAGCAUAUGCGUUCCCCCGUAUCUCCCUUGCCUGGCGCUGGCCUUCCUCCAUCUAUCCCUGAAGAGCCGCAUAGCCCCGAACUGUCUACGGCUGUGCCUGUCGUUGAACAGACGGAGUCCGCUCAGCCGCCCGUUACCGAGUCAGUGUUGGCACCAGAGCCAACAAUGUCGCAUGAAAUCCCGAAAGAGACCGCAGGAUCGUCCACUUCGGCUGCUUGA